AUGUCCGACUUCAGACCUAUAGCAUGUUGCAACGUUAUCUACAAGGUUGUGUCAAGGUUAGUAGCUCGAAGGUUGACGGCUACGUUGCCGGAAGCCAUAGAACUCAAUCAGUGUGCUUUUGUUGAGGGGAGACUGCUCCUGGAAAAUGUUCUAUUGGCUACUGAACUAGUCAAAGACUAUCAGAAGGGGUCUGUCACAUCUCGUUCUGCCAUCAAGUUGGAUAUCUCUAAAGAUUUUGAUACUGUAAGCUGGUCUUUCAUUGAGGAUACCCUGCGAGCAAUGAACUACCCGGAUCUCUUCGUCACAUGGAUAAUGAG